CUGAAAAAAGUACCGGAGCUAAUUUUGGAGUUUAUGCCCAAAGCGAAACAAGUCAAAUGUCCCUGACUGACGAUUGACAUUCAAAUAGAAAGUAAACCUUCAACGAUGGAAGGGCUGAUCCCUGUAAUCAACAAACUACAAGAUGUUUUUAACACUGUUGGUUCAGAGACAAUUCAGCUUCCACAAAUUGUUGUGAUAGGCAAUCAGAGUUCAGGAAAAAGUUCUGUGAUUGAAGGAUUAGUUGGGAAAGAUUUUCUACCCAGAGGAACUGGCAUUGUUACAAGACGUCCCCUUAUUCUACAACUGAUACAUGUUAGUAAAAAUGAUACAGAAACAAGAUUCCAGGAAGGAAGUGGAGAUGCAAUAAAAGCUGAAGAAUGGGCCAAGUUUCUACACACAAAGAACAAAAUUUACACAGAUUUUGAUGAGGUUCGAAAGGAAAUAGAAAAUGAGACAGAUCGAAUGGGUGGAACUAAUAAGGGAGUUUGUCCAGAGCCUAUAAGUUUAAAGAUAUUUUCACCAAAGGUUGUAAAUUUGACAUUAGUUGACCUCCCAGGACUGACUAAGGUUCCUGUUGGAGACCAGCCAGAGGAUAUUGAGGACCAGAUUAUAGAGCUGAGUCAUAAAUACAUCACCAAUCCAAACUCUAUAAUACUUGCAGUAACAGCAGCUAAUACAGAUAUGGCCACUUCAGAGUCAUUGAAACUUGCAAAAGAUAUAGAUCCUGAUGGUCGCAGAACUUUAGCAGUAAUAACCAAAUUAGAUUUAAUGGAUCAUGGAACAGAUGCAAUGGAAGCUUUAUGUGGUCGUGUCAUUCCUGUUAAACUUGGUAUUAUUGGUGUUGUCAACAGAAGUCAAGCUGACAUUAAUCAUAGAAAGGAUAUGAAAGAUGCUUUAACAGAUGAGGCAUCAUUCCUGCAAAGAAAAUAUCCAUCAAUAGCAAAUAGAAAUGGUACAUUAUUCUUAGCCAAGACUCUGAACAGGUUAUUGAUGCAUCACAUUAGGGACUGUUUACCAGAGUUGAAGACCAGAGUGAAUGUAUUGAUUGCCCAGUUUCAGUCACUGCUUAAUUCAUUUGGUGUACCAGUUGAUGAUAAAAGUCAGUUAUUACUACAGAUUAUCACCAGAUUUGCAGCAGCUUACUGUAAUACCAUAGAGGGAACAGCUAAAAAUAUUGAAACCACAGAAUUAUGUGGAGGAGCUAGGAUCUGUUACAUCUUUCAUGAAACAUUUGGUAGAACAUUAGAAUCAGUAGAUCCCUUAGGAGGCCUCACAACUUUUGAUAUUCUGACAGCUAUAAGGAAUGCAACAGGACCACGACCUGCAUUGUUUGUGCCUGAAAUAUCAUUUGAACUGUUAGUAAAGCGACAAAUGAAAAGAUUAGAAGAGCCAAGUUUACGUUGUAUAGAACUAGUUCAUGAAGAAAUGCAAAGAAUUAUUCAGCAUUGUGGAACACAGCAAGAGAUGCUGCGAUUUCCAAAGUUACAUGAGAAAAUUGUAGAUGUAGUCACAAAUCUGUUACGUAGAAGAUUACCUCCAACUAACACAAUGGUAGAAAAUUUAAUGUCAAUUGAGUUAGCCUAUAUAAAUACAAAACAUCCAGACUUUUCAGAAGCACACUUAAUACACAAAGCUUUGUCAGAAGGCAAUAGUUUAGGUCAUUCCUUUGACCAUCAUAGAUCCAUCGAACAACAUAAAGUACAAGACUCUAGACCAAAGCAGAGUGCACAUGAUGUGGUAUCAACCAAAGGAUGGAAGUUAGGUAGUUUGAUGUCUGGUGGAAGAGCUGAGGCUGAUAGUACAUCAGAACAGGGAUCCAGAGCAGGAAGUGCUUCCAGUAGUGUAGUCGGUUCACCUGCUCAUUCUAGGAGGGGUAUUAAUUUACUAGAUAAUGUGCCAAGUCAACAAAAUACAAGGAAACUUUCCCAAAGAGAACAGAGGGACUGUGAUGUUAUAGAGAGAUUAAUACACAGUUAUUUCCUAAUAGUCAAAAAGAAUAUACAAGAUAAUGUACCAAAAGCUAUAAUGCAUUUCUUGGUAAACCAUGUGAAAGACAAUUUACAAAGUGAAUUAGUUAGUCAAUUAUACAAGAAAGAAGAAAUAGAUUAUUUAUUAGAGGAAUCAGAACACAUGGCUACUAGGAGAAAAGAGGCACAAGAAAUGACACAGGCAUUACAGAGAGCUAGUCAUAUAAUUGGAGAAAUUAGAGAAACUCAUCUGUGGUGAUUCAUGAAUAUUAUAUACUAAGCCCUGAACUUUAUAAAUAAACUUGCAACUAGAAUUACAAUGAUUACAGAUAUGGGUCCAGUUAUAAGUUUGUGUUGGAGUCAGAGAAGAGCGUUGUAAAUGUAUCUGAAUGUUGUAUUUCUGGAAUAACUAAUUUUACAUAUUUAUGAUACCAAUGGACAGCUUUAUUGAAGAUUAAUGUUGUUUUUUUUAUAUUUUCAUGCAUUAAAUCAGAGAUUUGAGUUUGCUGUUCCAAUGAAAAUAAAACUAGUAAACUAUUAUUUGCAAUCUUAGAAUCGGUAAAUACUAAAAUGCAAAGUUAUUAUUUCCAUUUUAUUAAAUCUAAACAUUCUAAAUGAUUACCAAAGAUGAGUCCAUCCUAGUGCAUAAAGUUGUAUUACAUUGUGUCAUGGAAUUGAUGCAAUGAACCUGUGAACAAUGUCCAACUAGAAUGUGCAUAACAAAUCCCAUAUUGUUUCUGUUUGUUUAUCCCAAAGCUUUGUAAUUGUAAUUAAUAUUGUUGUGGGUACUAAUUUUUAUCAUUAAGAAAUUAUUAUCUUUCACCUUUUACAAGUGUUGUGAUGUGAGGGUUAGCUUGAUUUUUGUAUGACCUAAACAAGGGAGAUAAUUCAUUUAGGUAAUUGUAGUUUUACAAAGUUUAUUUGUAUGUCAUUUAAACCAUCUUUUAUCCUCAUAUCAUCUGGCUUUUUCAAAUUAAUAGAAUAAAUGGUCAGUAACCCCAGCUUUUCUUUUCAUAAUUUGAAUUAAUACUUUAUAAUCUACAUUCCUGCAAAAUGUUGAAAAUCCGUAUAAUUUCUCAAAACAUUUCAACAAUGAAAACAUCAUAAUACAAAGUAUGUGAAAAUUAGAAUAACUCCUGUUUUUCUGUCAAAUUUCUAUAUGCUUAAAUCUGGAAAAACAAGCAUUUGGACAUGAAACAAAAGUACUUCCCGCUUAUGGCCCUUAAUGUUACGUCACUAAACUUGUCUUUUAUACCAUUGAAGAAAAUAUUUUGUUAAAGUUGAGUGUGGAUACGUGUGCUGUAUCAGAUUGACCAAGUGCUACAAGAGCAUGAAUGCAUUUAUGGUAGAAAGUUCUGUGCUGUAAAUUUAAAAGUACUACAAUUAUGAUUGAUUUUUUUAUACGACCGCAAAUUU